ACUCCCUUGCGGCGGCUGUCGACAAUCUCUCUCAACAAGCAACUAGUGAAGAAAGCGACAGACAGCUUCCUUUCCCUUGCGAAGCACGUGAUCGCCGCCGACAACCAAGCCAAAAACGUCGUCGUCUCGCCCCUCUCCAUCCACUUUGCGCUGUCCCUAUGCGCCGCAGCGGCUCCGCGCGCUCGCAGAUUCUCAUUUAUCUCAAAUCAGAGAGCGCGGAACACCUUAGUUCCUUCUACUCGCAGAUUGCGACCAUGAUUUUCGACGAGGGCUGUGCCGGUGGGCCCAUCUUGUCAACCAAAAACGGACUCUGGUUCGAUCAGAGCCUCACUCUCAAGCCGGCUUUUCGAGAUAUUGUCCAGAAUUCUUACGAGGCAGUUGCCCAACGUGUUGAUUUUCAGCAUCAGGGAGAAAAGGCUAGGAAAGAAGUGAACUCGUGGUGUGAGAAGACAACAAAUGGCCUCAUCAAUGAAAUACUCCCACGAAAUUCAGUCUCCGACUUGACAAGACUCGUCUUCGCAAAUGCAGUCUAUUUCAAAGGGACAUGGGGCAACAAAUUCGACGCAAAUCUAACAAGAGAUGCCGAUUUCCACCUCUUAAACGGAAGCUCUAUUCGCGCGCCCUUCAUGACCAACUGGGAUAAGCAAUACGUUGGGUUCUUCGAUGGCUUCAAAGUUCUAAAGCUGCCUUACCGCCAUGGCAGCGGCGACACGCGCAGAUUCUCCAUGUGCAUCUAUCUCCCGGAUGCCAGAGACGGGCUGCCAUCUCUGGUGGAGAGAGUCUGCUCUGAGCCCGGGUUUGUGGAGCGCCAUCUCCCUGACGACGAGGAGAUGGAUCUUGCGGAAUUUUGCAUGCCUAAGUUUGAGAUGGGCUUCGAGUUUGAGGUGUCUAUGGUUUUGCAGGAGCUUGGAGUGGUGGGUAUUUUUGAGGGGGUGGAUUGA